AUGGGCCGAUGGGUACCCUACCCAUUGACCGACUACGGCAAGGAUCGCAGAGUCGACAUGGCUCUUUCUUUUCUCACUCUCCACAGAACGCACGAAUGGCUGGACAACAUCAUCACUGGAGAUGAAUAGUGGGACCUCCAUGAUAAUGCUGAGCGCCGUCCUCAGUGGAUCGACAAAGAUGUGCAGGCAGAAAGACGUCGCUGAACCGGAUCUACGCGCGAAAAAUGUCAUGUUGUAGUUCUGAUGGUCGGUUCGAGGCGUGGAGAUCUGAGAACUUUUACCAAAAGGGACGUACAUCAACCACAACGUCUACACUUGCCAGCUGCGAAAGCUGAGACUCGGCGUCGAAAAAGACGCGGGAAUCAGGCCGUUAUCUACUUCCAACAUGACAACGCUCGUCCACACAUAGCCCGAUCGACGAAGGCUAAGCUGGAGACGUACGGAUGGCAUGUUUUACCUCACCCACCAUACUCCCCUGACCUUGCCCCUUCUAAUCAUUAUCUAUUCUCCGAACUCCAACGAGCCCUCGCGGGGCAGAAGUUCGACAACGAGAAGCAAGUCAGACCCUGGUUGACUAACUGGUUUAAAGCCCAGCCCGCUACGUUCUGGAGGCAGGGCAUUUAUACUCUGCCCAGGCAAUGGCAACAGACCAUAGAUGCCCACGGAGAAUAUUUCUAA